AUGAAGUUUUGUUAAGUAAUAGCUCCAAAAUGCCCAGGUAAAUAACUGUUUUUCUCUGAUCCAUGUUUCCUUAGAUGCUUGCUUUAAAUCGAGUGACAGCAUCACAUCCAUUUAUGACUUCAGCAGAUCUGAUGGAAGCAAACCAACUGUGUAGCAUGGAUUCUAAAGCAAAUAUUGUACAUGGUCUAUCAGUCUUGGAAAUCUGUCUUAUAAUAGCAAUGAAACAUUUAAAUGAUAUUUAUGAAGAGGAGCCCUUUAAUUUUCAAAUGGUCUAUAACGAGUUUCAGAAAUUUGUUCAAAGAAAGGCCCAUUCUGUUUAUAAUUUUGAGAAACCUGUUGUCAUGAAGGCUUUUGAACACUUACAACAAUUAGAAUUAAUAAAGCCAAUGGAAAGAACUUCUGUAAAUUCACAGAGAGAGUACCAGCUGAUGAAACUACUUUUGGAUAAUACUCAAAUUAUGAAUGCUCUACAGAAGUACCCCAACUGUCCUACAGAUGUCAGGCAGUGGGCAACAUCGUCACUGAGCUGGUUAUGAAUGUAAUCAGUGAUUUCACUCUUGGCAUUUCAAGCAUAUUUCUCUAAAGAACUAUAAGCUACUGCCCUUUGACAAGAUAUGUUAUUACAUUCCUUUAUAUUUAUAAACAUUUUUGUAUUUAUGAGAAACUUGCACAUGUAGUAUCUUCACUGUGCCUUGAUAGAGCAUUUAAGUGAUUUGUAAUUCCAGUGAUUGAUUUAGAUUGUUCUGUAAGUAGCAGUUGAAAACAAUAAAGUGUGACUGUUCUAGGGA